CAAAACAUACUAAUUAAUUAAUUAUUAAUUACAACAAUAAUUGAUUAUAAUGAAAAUAAUUAAUGAACACUGCAACUUGACUCUUCACCAAUCACCACUUCAAACUCGUUCACUCCGUCUUCUUUGGUCUAGUUUUUCUCACACUUCUCAACUCUCGCUCUUCGCCACCGUCGCUCUCCGCGGCCAACGGUCGCCGUCAUCCGAACUCGCACCGCCACCUGCUAACGAGUGCCGGCGGAGCAAUGUCAUUGAGAAGAUCACCGUCUCCGUCCCCGUGCUGCGGCGACAGUCACUUCGUGCUGCUGGUGCCUGUCCUUCUCGUUAUUCUCCACUCGCUCCUUCUGCUUCCUCAUUCCUCGCUUGCUAUUCGACCUAUCGAGUCGGAUCAGAUCGAACUCGCCAACGCGACCGAGUCCAACGUCUCUCUCUCGCGACCUCGCGAAGGAAGCUUUGCCGACAUAAUUGAUCGCGCGCUGGAGCACGAGUUCACCGAGAACGACCAGAACGAAGCGGCUGAUCCGGGAAGUUUCAACAACAGUGUAGCAGAACAACAGGCUGUUCUGGAAACUGUGGCGCGAGUCACACCAAACAAGAAUGACACAAAGGAUGAAAAGUCAUUUCAACUACAUCAUGUAUUCAAUAGAGGUGAGGAUACCCCAAUGUUGAUAGAUCGGAAGGACAAUGUCUUUAUCAUUUCUAACUUUAAAUCCAAGUAUCCGGUGCUCCAGCUAGAUUUACGAUUGAUUUCAGACCUGGUAGUUGCUAUUGUUUCAGCAACUUGUGGAGGCGUUGCAUUUGCUUUUGCUGGACAACCGGUGAUAACCGGAUAUCUUCUAGCUGGCUCCAUAGUUGGUCCUGGCGGCUUUAACUUCGUCAGUGAAAUGGUGCAGGUGGAAACAGUGGCACAAUUUGGUGUAAUAUUUCUUCUUUUUGCAUUGGGCCUCGAGUUCUCCACAACAAAGCUCCGAGUUGUAAGAGCUGUUGCUGUUCUUGGAGGUCUACUUCAGAUUUUUCUAUUUAUGUGCAUGUGUGGACUUACUGUAUCGCUAUGUGGUGGUAAAGCUUCAGAAGGGGUUUUUGUUGGUGCUUUCCUUUCCAUGUCUUCAACAGCAGUGGUCUUGAAGUUUUUGAUGGAAAAGAACACCACUAAUGCUCUUCAUGGACAAGUCACAAUUGGGACCCUUAUUUUACAGGAUUGUGCUGUUGGAUUGCUCUUUGCUUUGCUUCCAGUUCUGGGUGGCACCUCAGGUGUUUUUCAAGGAGUGUUAUCAAUGACCAAGCUGUUGGUGACUUUAAUUGCUUUCCUCUCUGUUCUGACUAUAUUGUCUCGCACAUGCCUUCCAUGGUUACUUAAACUGAUGAUAAGUCUCUCAUCACAGACAAAUGAGCUCUAUCAAUUGGCGUCUGUUGCAUUCUGCUUGCUAGUAGCCUGGUGUAGCGAUAAGCUGGGACUAAGUCUAGAAUUAGGUUCCUUUGCCGCUGGAGUGAUGAUUGCAACCACUGAUCUGGCUCAACAUACACUAGAGCAAAUUGAACCUAUUCGCAAUCUUUUUGCUGCUCUUUUCCUUGCCAGCAUUGGAAUGCUGAUUCAUGUUCAUUUUCUCUGGAACCAUGUUGAUAUUUUGGUAGCAUCUGUAAUAUUGGUGAUUGUUAUAAAAACAAUCAUAAUUGCAUCUGUUGUGAAAGGAUUUGGUUACAACAACAAGACCUCAAUGCUUGUUGGAAUGUCGAUGGCACAGAUAGGAGAAUUUGCUUUUGUUCUUCUAAGUCGUGCUUCAAACCUCCAUCUAGUUGAGGGUAAAUUAUAUCUGCUGCUUCUUGGGACUACAGCUCUUAGUCUGGUAACAACUCCACUACUUUUCAAGCUUAUUCCUGCCGUAGUGCAUCUUGGUGUGCUAUUGAAGUGGUUCUCUCCUGACAGUUCAGUGGAGAUAGGAUAUAAUAAGGUAGAUAGUCUCCGCUCAGACAGUGACAACUCAUCUGAACCCCAAAAAUGGAAAGGACAGGGGAGAGGAACGAUAANAUAUUGAAAGGGAGAGGACCGAUAAAAGAUUGAAAGAAACCUGACAAGACGGACAAAUGAAGGUACGUGGUAGGCAUUCUUUCCAGAACUCCAUAUAAAUUUCUUUUUUUUUUAAUUUGUGGCUGGAAGUGUUUGUAAAUGUAAGAUAUGGUUUGUAAUAUGAAUAGUCACUGUCCUUAUUUCUGUAAGCGUAGUUUUAAUGUAUGAAAAGUUUCCUUUCUACCAUCUAGGCCAUCAGCUGCAUGGCUGGUCUUUGUAUAUCUUUUAGGCAAGGACGCAUCUGUGCUUUGAACAAAUCAAUUGAUAUAUGUGUAAGUGUGAAUAAAUUAUAGUAGAUGUCAUGUAUCAACUUUUCUUUGGUUAUUGGAGUAUGCUGAUUGUGCUGCUCCUAUGUUUCUUUA